AUGAAGAACUCAAAAAUCACACUCAGUCAUGCACGAGCUUCAACACUGCCAAGCUCUGAAAUUUGCCCUCCAGUUUUCACUACAAUGGGGAAAGACACCUCUCAUUGAUCAUUCUGUAAAGCCGAUCGCUUUUCUAAAGAUCGCCAUACAAAAUAUCCCAGUUAUUUUAUCCUCCCAUCUACAUUAGAGAAAAGAUCUACUUCUUUUGGUUAUGGAAAACGUUGGGAGCCUUUCAAUCCUAAAGGGAGAGAUUCCCCGUCUCCAGACACUUAUUCAAUAAAUACCUCGUUUAAUCUACUAGAAAAAAAAGGUUAUAGUAUGAAAGGAAAAGUUGAUAGCUCAAAAUUCAAAAUAAGCAAUGAUCCUGGCCCUGGGGCUUAUGAUCCUUAUAAUUUCAGUCCUAUUGGGGCUGAUGGGCCGAAGUUUUCGUUUCGGCCAAAAAUUAUACGGAAAAUUAAAAAUUUUACACCUGACCCAGGAGCAUACUCCCCUAGCUUUAAAUUGAAGGAAAAAGGAAAUUAUUCUAACAUUGGAUUUGGGAAAGAAAAAAGAAAUAAGAAUUUAUCUUUUCAGAGGAUUGAAAGUCCUGGGCCAGGAGCUUAUGAUAUUCCUGGAACUUUUAAUAAAUCUCUCUAUGAUUUAUCAUCUCGCUCUAGAAUAAUUUCUAGACCUGUGACUAGAAAUUAA